UUGUCAAAAAUUUUACUAAAGAAAGAAAUGAGAAAAAAAAUCCAAUACAGAAAAAAAUGUUACAAAUUCACAGAAAAUAUUUUUUUUGUAUUUUAUGCUAAUGUAUGUUUAUAGUUUAUAUAAAUUGAUAAUAUAAUGUUUAUAACGUAUAUCGAUUAAAGAAAACCCGGCUUUCUUAUAGACAUUGACACAAAUUUUCUGAUGAGUCUAUAAUUCAACCUUCAAGUUUUCUAAAUGUUUUUUCUUAAUCUAUAAACUUUCUUUUAAAUAACUUGUAGUUUUUUUUGUAAAUUAUUAAUUUAUUGAAUAAUAUUUUUUUUUUGUGUACAAAAUGUUUUUCUUGCUUAAUUGUUCUUAAUAAUAGGAGAGAAAAAAAAACACGAAGGUGGCGUUGCAAACAAAAACCCUCAUUUGUCGUUGGACAUUCACAUGUGACACAUGUGAUAUUCCACAGUGCUACAAUAAUAUUCUUAUUUUUUUUGUUUUUACUUGUUUCUAAAAAAAAUUAAUCAGUCAAUGAUUCAAAAAUUGGACAAUUGUUAUUCAACUCAUGAGAUUCGCAGAUGAACCCGAAUACGUUGAAACAUUGGCUCAAUCGUGGGGAAAUCGAAAAACUCGAACAUGUCGUUUUGGAAGGCAGAGGAGCUCGUCUAUUGGGAGAACGUUCACCGGAUCUCAGGACUCGAGUUUUUCUCAAAGGAUUGCCAAAUUACUUAACGAAAAUUUCUCAAAUUCACGAAGCCGUUACCAGGGGAUCAUUACUAGAAUGCCAAAAACUUAUAGCCGAGGAGCCGAAGAAAAAAUUUCCUCUAGCGAAGGAUUCGACGGGGACGCCUUUAUUACACAAAGCAGUUUAUUACGAUCACAUCGAUAUCGUGGAUUGGCUAAUUCAACAAUUUCCCGCUACUGUUCAGCAAAAAGACAGAGAAGGAAGAACAGCUCUGCAUUAUUGUGCAGCCUGCAGGGACAUUGAUUCCGUUUGGGAUGUGUUGAUAGAGGCGGAUUGCGACGCAAGUAUUUGUGAUAAAAGAGGAAAUCCCGCUGCUUAUUAUUUAGAGCAUCAGUCUGAACUCGAAUUACCUGAAACCGAGAGAAUGAGUGGCAGAAAAAUAGCCAAUAAUAAAGAAAGAAUCAAAAAUAACUACAACAGUCAUGAACAACAAAUAACUGAUUUUCCAAAAAACAAUUUAGAUUUUAAGCCAUCGAACAUAAGGAUAUGGAUUCACAACAAAGAUAUUGGAAAAUUGCAACGAGUCUUGUGGGAGGGUCACGGUUCGAAGCUACGAUGUGAAACGAGCAAUAAUCCACGUGUUAAGAAAUUUUUGGAAGCGGUUCCAUUUAUAAUGGGAACGAUAAAGGAAAUUCACGCCAGGACGAUAAAAAAUGAUGUCGAAGGUUUCAAGAGAAAAAUUGCCGAGCCAGUGUCACCGAUUAUUCUUUGUAGCAAAGAUGGAAAUGGACUUAAUGUCCUGCAUAAAGCGGCAGGUUUGGGACACAUCGAAAUUGUUAAAGAAAUUUUGGAGCUGUAUCCAGCUGCAGUUUUAGCGGCAGACAAUGAUGGAAAAACACCAUUACAUUAUGCGGCUGCUGCAAAGGACGAAGGAUUAAUGUACAAUUUACUCGUUGAAUUUGGAGCCGACGAGGGAAAAGUCGACCAUAAAUUCAAGGCGCCUGCUUUUUAUAAAAAUCGACCAUCCGAUGUUGAUAUGUCGGCACUUUUGGUUGUUCCCGAUGCCCCGCGUGUUUCUGGGACAUAUCCAAAAAAUUGGGACUGGAGGAUAUUGGAAACUGAUGACAAUGUGAUUCGUGACAUGAGAAAAUCAACGUCAAAAAUUGCUGAGAUCACUGAGAUUGACGAGACUUUCGAUGCACCGAAUGGAGGAGAGUCACCAACAAAAAUGAAAAAUGGCACACAUAAAACUGAGCCCGAGACGAAGGAGGCUGAGGAAGAGGCUGCUCCAAAUUCGCCAGCUGAAGAUAAACAGGAGGAAGGAUCUCCUGAAUUUCAAUCGCCUGAACAACAGUCACCGUUGCCGGAGGAAAAUGCUGAAAAUGAAGGCGAACCGAAUGAAAUUGAUGAAAAAGGGGAAAAUGAGGAAAUUGGUGAAAAUGAUGAAAAUGAUGAAAACGAACUGGAGAAAAAUGAUGAAAUUACCGAAGAGGAGAAAAAUGAGGAUAAUGCUGAAGAGGAGAAAGUUGAGAAUAAUAUUGAAGACGAUUUGAAUAAUACAGAGAAAGAUGUUAAUGAAAAUAUAACUACCGAACAAGAAGAGAGAAACGAUGCAAGUACCGGCGAUUCCGGAGUUGAUGAUCCAACAAAUGAGGAUUUUCACGUAAUUCUCGAUGAGCAAGAAGAGGAGGAUCCUCAGGAAUCGGAUGUCAAUGAAAAUGGAUUGGAUUUGGAUGAGGAGUCAGAUGAUCCGGAAAUUGAAAAAUUGACCCAAACGGGAAAUAUGGAGCAACUCGCUGAACUUGUACUCAAUGGCGAGGGCCGAAGACUCGUUGGCCGACAGACAAGUAAUCCUGAACUUCAAUCGUUUAUUGACAAUGUUCCUGCAUUCAUGGGGAAAAUCCACGCGGUUCAUAUGGCGGCCAGAGAAGGAAAUUUGAGAGAUUUACAAAGUGCACUUGAUCGUCGUAAAUUUGCAAUUGCACGGGAUGAAUCCUCCCCUAGGGGUGCAACUGCAUUGCACGUUGCUGUUAUUUUUGGACACACGACUAUAAUUAGAUAUUUUGCUGGUCGAUUUCCUGAGACUGCGAAUGCAGUUGAUCUCGAUGGAAGAACGCCAUUACAUUAUGCAGCGACACUCGCCGAUAAUGGGCAUUAUUUUAAUCUUCUCGUACAUUUGGGAGCAAAUCCACAAAUUCAAGAUAAAUUGGGCCAUAAGGCUGAAUAUUAUAAGCAAAAUCAAGAAGAGCUGUCGCAUAAAAAAUUAUUGCGCAGUUUUGGAGCUCAAGAAAGUCUUGCCGAUGAAAUGUUAAAUGAUAAAGUUCCUGGCGGUGACAAAUACUCAGCACGUCGUGAUGUGACCGAACCUGAAACUCUGGCAACACUUGAACGAUGCUUUCGAAUAUUGGCAGGUUCGAGACGUGGCUCAUUACCAAAUACACCCGCGAAAGCUGGCAAAUUAUUGAGUCGUUGCUUAAAGCGCCCUGUGUUCGAACGACUCAAGCACCGCGUGACAUGCAUGGAUCACAAUCUUUUAGACGUGAUUUGGCCCGCUCUGAAAACACACGAAAAAUUAAAUCACAAUGAUUUGAAUCAUUUUAGCAUUAAUCGACCACAAUCGACAUUAAUAAACGAUGAUGAUUUGGCCGUGAACGUUGUCGCACCCGAUUAUGAGAGUUACAUUGUCUUUCAAGAAUUCUUCGAUCCUCUAUUGAGGGAAAUUCAUUGCCUCACAGCGAGUGGCGAACUUCCCGAUCAUCCGGCCUCGAAUUUCUAUGGAAUGUCAGACAAGGAAGUCGUUCAAAAUAUUGAGGGGAGCGCAAAAUUAAUACAAAAUUCAGAUCUCGAUUCAUCGGGGAAAUAUAUUAUUUCGGGUGUGAUUGAGUGUACGAGAAAUUUGGCGAAGUAUCCACUGCCGUUGAAUUUGACGAUUAAUCAAUUGGAGAAUAGCGAGAGGGAAAUUACGUCUGUUUUGAUGAGGAAGGAAUUAUUGAGUGUUCUUGCCGAUGGAUCGAGUGAUGAUGAGCCUGGAACUUAUUACACUUUGAUAGAAGUUAUCGAGAGGCCCAGUGAUGUUCGGGUCCGAUUGGCAGCUGCUGGCUUACUCGCUCCUAUCACCGAGAUCGAGGAUCUUGACGAGAAGCGUCUACACGGAAAACACUGGCCCUACGGUCGUGGUGUCUACUUGGCAGCCGCUGGUAAUCUCGCAAUUUGGGUCAACGUUCAGGAUCACAUCAGAGUUAUUUGCUCAACGAAUGAAUCAAAACCGGGAAAAUUGGGCAAAAUUUACGUCCGAAUUGCAAAGCUGAUGAGCGUUAUGGAUCAACGUUUGCUCUUCAAACGUGACACAAAACUCGGUUUUCUCAGUGCUCGGCCCAAUUGUAUUGGAAACACUCUGCGAAUUCAUUUGGGAGUGAAAUUUCCCACACUGUCCAAGGAUGCGGCGAAUCUAAAGAAUCUCGCCAUCGUUCGUGGACUCGAGUGCAAGGAGACAAUACGAAGAAGUAUUUUUGUUCUCAACAAUCAACAGUGUUUGUCAAUAACGGAACUUCAAACUCUACAGGAUUUUUGUCAAGCCGCGCUCAAUGUACUUUCCGUCGAGAAGGAAAUGACACUCAAUAAUAAUUCAAUGAAAAUCGCCAAUGUCAUAUCGAGCAUUUUUCGUAAACGAAAAUCAAGUGGUCAAAAAGUUAUCACUGGAUGAUUCUUCAUUUUGCUCAAUAUUUCUCUAUUUCAGAAUUUUUUUUUUUCUCGCUCAAUAAAUAGAUCUCUUAGAAAAAUAAUUACACCAACUGCCAUUAAUUUAAAAAUUAAUAAAUCUCAACGAUUUUGUGUAAUAAUCUAAAUAAUGACAACUUUUAUUCGUCGUUGAAAUUUUGAUAAAAAAAAAAAAAACUUAUUUUGACUUGAUAAAAAAAAGUAGAAAUUUAAUAUUUGAGAAACAAAUCUUCAAGUAUCAAUAAUCGAAGACUGAACAAAAAAAAUAAUCGAAUUUGAAAAAAUAAAUAAUUGAAUGAGAACUGAAACUGAAAUCAAUUUAAAAAAAAAGAAAAGAUUAGAAAUACUGGAAAAAUGUAUUAAUAAGUUAAUUGAACUGAUUUUUAAUUAUAAAACUUUCUCUGCCAUUAAAUUUGAGUCGAUUUUCGUUUAAUUUAAUAAACCAAAAAAAAUCCGCAAAAUGGAACAUUUUCAGUUGGAAAGAUGUGUGUAAAAACUCAGGAUUCAAUGUUACAACUCUUUUAA